GAGCCGGCACAGAGCAGCCAACAGCUAAAGCUGCUGCCACCUUUUCUCCUUUCGGUGUUGGCGGACUGGAGCCUGUAGAGAUGUUUUCAAGCACUGACCUGUAGGAGAGUCCAGCCGUCCGUCAGUGAUCAGGUCACUCCACAAACCACUGCAGGUUCCCUUUGGACUGAACGCUGUCUGGUGACUGACCUCCCUGUCAGGCUGAAUUCCCUCCGGAAAACAUCUGUGCAUGUGUCUUAACAAGCUCCCAGCUAUCAUUUCUUCAUGCAAAAGGAGAAGAUGCCAGUGACAAUGAUCGAGGUGGUGGCCUCCAUGGCCCGAGGCCCGGUGUUCCUGGCCGGGGAGCUCAUGGAGUGUCUAAUAACGUUCACCAACCCCAUGUCUCACCUCUCCACGUCUGCCAGCAGUGAGAUGCUGGCGUGGGCCAGUGCCCAGAUCCACUGUCAGUUUCAUGCCAGUGAGAACAGAGUGGCCCUGCCCACCCAGGGCAACAAACAGGAUGUCCAGGCUGAGAGCGACACAGUGCUUAUUCCAAGCAGAGGAGAACGAGGGCAGUGUGUGUUGGACACCCCACCUAAGAUACUAUUCUGUGAUCUGCGCCUGGACCCUGGAGAGAGUAAAACUUAUUCCUACAGUGAGGUUGUUCCCAGCGACGGACCUCCUAGUUUCCGUGGUCAAGCAGUGAAGUACGUCUACAAACUGACCAUUGGCUGCCAGAGGGUCAACUCUCCUAUAAAACUACUUCGAGUUCCCUUCAGAGUGCUGGUUCUGCAAGGCAUGCCAGAGCCUCCAUUCCCCCAGGAUGAGGAGGUAUCUCCUUCCAACCCGUUCCUGGAGGAGGAGGAAGCAAGUCGCAGGGAUGCUCGGCCUUUGGAAAGAGCAAUGGACAUGCUGAUGGCCACCACUUCUAGACGCUGCCCCCACAUGUUUAAUAUCACCAACAUGCGCGGGAAAGUGGCAAAGUUCUGCAUCUUCAAGACUGUUUACAGACUCGGGGAGGACAUCAUCGGCACAUUCAACUUCUCAGAGGGUGACAUUCCCUGCUUGCAGUAUUCAGUGAGCCUUCAGAGUGAGGAGGAGAUCCAGCAGCAGUACCAGCGGCGACCCGGACAGACCAUCAGUGUGACUGGACACGGACGCCACCUGGAGUCCUGCCUCCACACUGCCUCCAGCCACUUCUCUCUCCCCAUCCCCCUCAACGUCACGCCUGGGUUCAGCACAGACAUAGUGACCCUGAGGUGGCGCCUGCACUUUGAGUUUGUCACAGCCCGGGAGCCUAUGGAACCGCCCACUGUUCUGCAGAACCAGUCAGAGGUCACGGUGUGGGCUGGGGCCGAGCACGUCGACGUGGACACCUUCAGCUGGAAUCUGCCAAUCAAAGUCCUGCCCACCAACCCAGCUUUGGCGUCCUACGUGUCACAGUUUACAGGGACCAACAGCAUUAAUAUUUGACUGUCGUAUGUGAGAGGUCGGUUAACAUGAACUAAUCAGGAAUUCAUUUUGUGUUUCCGAGCGCAUCGAAAGGUGUUUGUGUGUGUGUGUGUGUGUGUGUGUGUGUGUGUGAGAACGACCGACAGUUUUUAUCUUUCCAGACGAGAAAUGUUAGCACAGAGGUGCACAUUUCAGGAACAAACGAGCUAUUCCAGUGUUUAUGCAGAGCCAGUGGACACCAUAUGUAAAGUAUGCAACUUGCUGUAUGUUUUUCCUUUUGUCGCUUUCAUUUGGCGGUGCGUUCGAACUUUGACAAACUUUAAACACGUUCUUUUUGGGAAGAUUGGAACUCUGGUUCUUUCAGUAUUUAUUCUGUUUUUAUUUACUUGCACACUUGUUCUUAUGCUGACACUUUUUCCUGCGUUACUGCUUUUCUUUCUGCCUGAGCGACGACUGUACUGAGAUACAAGAACCACAGGAGAAAAUUAAAAGUGUGUCUUAAAUGUCA